GCACUUCAUCUCAUCUCACCACAGUCAGUCAGUCAGUCAGUCUGCUGGAGAGUUUCUAUCACACAGCGUCAGCUCAUCAUCGAUGUUUCACUGACCUGUUUCACUCACCACAGUCUGUAUAGGACCAUGUCUGUUCAGGAGAGGUGCACCUGGAAAAUGCAGUUUCGGUAAAGCCCAUUCAAGAAAAAGGAACUCACGUUUGGCGGAGCUUCCCUCUAAUCAAGUUCUCUCUGUCUAAAAGAUGUCAACUGCCAACAGUGUAGGAGGAGGAACCAAAGCCUCUAAAGUGUCAAAAGAUCAUAAAAAGCCCACGGCAGCCACCCUGAAAGGAGCCAUCCAGCUGGGGAUCAGUUAUGCUGUGGGAAACCUCAGCUCCAAACCUGACAGAGAUGUGCUCAUGCAGGACUUCUCUGUGGUGGAGAGCGUCUUCCUGCCCAGUGAGGGCAGCAACCUGACCCCAGCACAUCACUUCCCAGAUUUCCGGCUGAAAACGUACGCCCCGCUGGCCUUUCGCUACUUCAGAGAGCUGUUUGGUAUCAAACCAGAUGACUAUCUGUACUCCAUCUGCAACGAGCCUCUGAUCGAGCUGUCCAACCCCGGCGCCAGCAGUUCCUGGUUCUACCUCACCAGCGAUGAUGAGUUCAUCAUUAAAACAGUGCAGCACAAAGAAGCAGAGUUCCUUCAGAAGCUGCUGCCUGGUUACUACAUGAAUCUGAAUCAGAAUCCAAGGACAUUGCUGCCCAAGUUCUACGGUCUUUACUGCAUCCAGUGCGGCGGUGUCACCAUCCGUGUGGUGGUGAUGAACAACGUGCUGCCGCGAGCCAUGAAGAUGCACUACAAGUACGACCUGAAAGGUUCCUCGUACAAACGCCGUGCCUCACGCAAAGAGCGCGCCAAGGGCUCACCCACGUUCAAAGACCUGGACUUCCAGGAGAUGCACGAGGGCCUGUACUUUGACAUGGACACCUACAACGCCCUGAUGAAGACUCUGCAGAGGGACUGUCGGGUCUUAGAGAGUUUUAAGAUCAUGGACUACAGUCUCCUGCUGGGGAUCCAUGUUUUGGACCGGAAGCCGCUGAGCAGAGGAAGCCGAUGUGACAGCAGGAGAGGACAGAAAGUCCUCUACUCCACCGCCCUCGAGUCCAUCCAAGGGACUGUUAAGGACCCCGAACCUGUGGCUGACGACGACACAUUUGGUGGAAUUCCUGCCAAACAUAAAGAUGAGAGCCUGCUCAUCUUUUUAGGAAUCAUCGACAUCCUUCAGUCAUACAGGUUCAUUAAGAAGGUGGAACACUCUUGGAAAGCUCUUGUGCAUGAUGGGGACACGGUGUCGGUGCACAGGCCCAGUUUUUACGCAGAUAGGUUUCUGAAGUUCAUGGGCUCGACUGUGUUUAAAAAGAUUCAUCCUUUAAGAGGAGCAUCUUCAAAGAGGAAAAGGGGUUCACUCCAUGCAGCAAAGUCGGCCUCUCAGGAGUUUCUGUCCCCACAGAAGGAGGAGAAGAAGGAGGAGAAGAAGGCCCAGAGCAUGGACAACCUGGAUGGAAACUUUUACAGUUCCUCCAAACAACCUGAUCUUCUUCCGAAAUCUGCUGUGUCCUUUGAAUGUGCACGAAAUGAUGAAGAGGAUCUUGAAAACAUGAAGACAGACGAGCCUCCAGUUCAACAAUCGCCCUUGACGAUCCUCUGCCGCCCCUCAGCAGAAGCCAGUCAGACUCUGAACUGGACGUCUACUUGCAUCACACAGUCUCACCCAGGCGACCCAGCUGGAGUUGAUCAGUCAUUUGUGCCCCCAUCCAUCCAUAAACUUGAGGAGAAAUGAGUGACGGCUCCUCUCCAGCCAACUGUAUUUCUGACCUUUGACCUCCCAGUCCCAUGCCAUCAAGACAUCAGGACCUCGUAACAGUGUAAGCGUGACGCAAACUAUCGGCAGUAACGUGCCUCUUUGACUUUCCUUUGCAAGUCAAAACUGCCAAAAAUGUGCCAAAACCGCAUCAGUAACAGAUGUAGAAACAGUCAACUGACACACAUUGUGUUUAUGUGUUAGCAUCGUUGAACCCCUUUGUUCAUAUAAAACACUAUCAAGCUGCCUCUUCUCCUGUUUUUGUGCACUUUGCUGCUACUUUAACAACAGUGCAAACAAACAAAAAAAGAGAGUUUCAGUUUGUCCUUUCCUUUUGGAUGUUCUGCAUAAAUGUUCAAAUUUCUCAGCGGCUGGAUCCCUGUGGAAAUCUUUAAUGAAUCUUUCCAGAAGUAGUAGAAAAAAUAUUUUCCUGCUGUUAUUUUGAAAUACUAUAUUUAUAUAUAGAUGGGUUCUGAGAGCUUUCUGGUCUCAUUUCUUUGGAUGAAAAAUGCCAGUUCAUCUCUUAAGAUAUUCAAUUAUGCACAACUGAUACACAGACAGGCAAACAACAUGUGUAACUGAUUUUAAAAUCCUAAUUUGCAUCAGACAAUCUAUCGAUAUUCUGAUACACAUUAACUGUGUGUAUUUCUGUGUCGGCAAAAAACUUACGUCAAGUUUUUCAUGUUAUAAUGACAUAAUUUUCUCACAGUAACUAUGGCAAUACGAUGCCAUACUACAGGAACUGAUAAAUGCUUAACAAAAUAAAUGCUAUGAUCACAUAUUUUCCAAACAGUUUUCAGUCCUUGACUUUUCAUGUACUCACUGUCAUUUCUCUAGAGAAUAUACAUUCUGUAUUUUCAGGUAUUUAAAAAUAAAACUGUUAUAAACUGUUAUGAAUCCUGCAGGUAAAUAAUGACCAUUAUGUCAACUGUCUUCUUUUUGCUCAUGUGCCUUAAAAAAGUUUUAAAAUGUUUGCUUUGAAAUGAUUGACAGGCCUCCAACUGUAUUAUAGCAAUACUUUGAACUCGUAUCAAUGACAUAAAUUAAUAUUUAAU